AUGCGCGGAUUUUAUAUGCAAUACCUUGACAGCCUCUGCCAGCGGCGUGGGUGGGAACAGCCCACAUACGAGUGUUACCGGGAACCUGGUGGCUACACGUGCCUGGUCCUGGUCAACGGCCGCGAGUACCAAACCGACCUGGCGUACGAAUCGGAUGAGCUGGCACGCGAGAACGCGGCCAUGCGUGCCUUCAUGGUGUGCAGGAACUUCAGCGUCAAUGGUGGCAUGCUGGCCCGCAAUGGCAUUGUCCAGGGGCUGCCGGCAGACGAGUCCAAUCGCAAGCACAGGAAGAGCAGCAGCCGCCACACGUCCACGGCGUCCACACACUCCCACUCGUCGCACUCGCACGGUCACCUCAGCCGCAGCCGGCGUUCUGGUCAGCACUCCAGCGGCAGCUCUACUGCGUCCUAUGAGUGA